GACGACGAUAUGUUUUCUAGAUAAAAGGUUUGGCGGGCUGAAAAAUUGAAUAGAGAGCCCUAGGCCGCCUAAGGUUUCUGAGUGAUCAAGUUGCAGAGAGACAAUGACAAUCGAAUGCCUGGUUCUAGGAGCUGGACAAGAGGUGGGCAAGAGCUGCGUUGUUGUUACAACGGGUGGAAAGAGAAUUAUGUUCGACUGCGGAAUGCAUAUGGGUUAUCAGGAUCGUCGACGCUACCCUAAUUUCUCAUUGAUACCAGGUUCAAAUGACUUCGACACGGCGAUUACUUGUAUUAUCAUAACUCACUUUCACUUGGACCAUAUAGGUGCGCUUCCCUACUUUACGGAGGUUCUGGGGUAUCAGGGUCCCAUAUACAUGACUUAUCCAACCAAGGCUCUGGCCCCUCUAAUGCUGGAGGAUUAUCGAAAAGUUAUGGUGGACCGAAGAGGAGAGAAAGAACAGUUUACCGCACAACAAAUACAAGGCUGUAUGAAGAAAGUUACAGCAGUAGACUUGAAGCAGACAGUGCAAGUUGAUAAGGACCUUGAAAUCCGUGCCUACUAUGCAGGGCAUGUUAUAGGAGCGGCAAUGUUCUAUGCAAAGGUUGGUAGUUGUACUGUUGUUUACACAGGGGACUACAAUAUGACUCCUGAUAGACACCUAGGAGCAGCUCAAAUAGACCGUUUAUAUGUGGAUCUCCUUAUAACAGAAUCCACGUAUGCGAAUUCUGUACGAGAAUCAAAGCUUGCUCGUGAAAGGGAUUUUCUUACAGCUGUACAUAAAUGUGUUGCUGGAGGAGGAAAAGUGUUGAUUCCAAUAUUUGCUUUAGGAAGAGCACAGGAACUCUGUAUGUUGUUAGAUGAUUUCUGGGAGCGUAUGAAUCUAAAGAUUCCUAUUUACUUUUCAGCUGGUUUAACUAUACAGGCUAAUAUGUACUAUAAGAUACUUAUCGGGUGGACUAGCCAGAAGGUCAAAGAUGCGUAUGUAACGCGCAAUGCAUUUGAUUUCAAGAAUGUUUGUGAUUUUGAUCGUUCUCAAAUGACUGCUCCUGGACCAUGUGUUCUCUUCGCUACGCCUGGAAUGCUAAGCGGUGGGUUUUCCCUAGAGGUUUUCAAACAGUGGGCUCCAUCUGAGAUGAAUCUUAUCUGUCUUCCAGGUUACUGUGUAUAUGGAACAGUUGGCAAUAAACUUAUGUCUAAACCCAAGCAGAUCAUUUUGGAUGACAAGACUCACAUAGAUGUGCGCUGCCAGAUCCAUCAGCUCGCGUUCACAGCCCAUACGGAUUCCAAGGGUAUCAUGGAUCUUAUCAAACAUGUGUCACCAAGACAAGUGGUCCUUGUCCAUGGGGAGAGACCCAACAUGGAAAUCCUUAGGGAGAGAAUAAAAUCAGAACUGACAAUUGAAUGCCAUAUCCCUGCAAACCAUGAAACAGUGUCUGUCCCCUCAACCCAGAUUGUGAAAGUAGACAUGACCAAAGCAUUCAUCAAACACAACACAAGCAUGAUGAGGAGAAGGGUGUUAGAUGACAUCAUUGAAGGAAACAAGACCCUGACCGGGCUCCCAUCAAAGGUGGCAGAAGGAAUCAUAGUCAUGGAGAAGGGAAAGAGGGCCAAGAUUGUGCAUCAAGAAGAGUUAUUACCUUUCUUAAACACAAAAGAACAUGAAGUUCAUUGCAGUUAUUGUUUUCCCGUGUACGUAGGCAUCCAAUCUGGUGAGGUUUCAAUGGCUAAGAAAUCGGAAGGUUUGUCAAUAGAGAGAGAUUCCAAAGGUUCUUCAAUGCAGAAAGAUUUGGAUGCUUUGUCGGCUGAGAGGAAUUUGAAAGCUUUCAUGGUGGAGAAAGAUUCAAGAUCUUUGUUAGAAAGAGAUUUGGAAGCUUUGCCAGCAGAGCGAAAUUUAGCCUCUUCCAGUGGUACAGAAGUGGCCAUCGAAAUUGAUCAGAUGAGUGAGAAGUCAGAAGCUUUGUUUGCAGAGAGAUGUUUGGCCUCUCUAGACCGUCAUCCUUUACUUCAUCUCUUGUUCUUAAAAUUGAAGGAAUGGAUAGGUGAGGUAGAAAACAUACAAGAAUUAUAUGGCUGUAUACAGUUAAACUCGAUGUGUAUUCACGUCUGUGGAAAUGAAGAUUGCCCCUACAGAACAGAGCCAGCCAAGGAAUAUGAUAGGGCGCUAUUUUUUUGCUGCAGCUGGUCUUGGGUUGAUGAAAAGCUUGCCAGGAGAGUUGUAUCAUUUAUGAAAGACUUGGACUUGAGUUGCGAUUAACAUUGUGCUCUCUGACUUGAUAAAUUAGAGCAUUCAAAAUUUAUAUAAAUUAUGAAAGAAGAGUA